CUCGUAUACGCGAUAUUGUUACAUGCAAGACGGUCUGAGAAGAUAUCGCUAAGUGGCCGCCGAUAUACGGAACGACAGAUCAGUUUAAGUCCACCUGUCCUGCAAGGUGGAACUCCUUCGUAGAGAAAUAGUUUAUCGGUGAUCGCGAAUUUAAUUCAAUCGCCGGCUUGACCCUGAGAAAAGAUUGUCAUAGCCUGAAAAAAUGGAUCGUAUAAAAAGAAAGAGGAAGAAGACAGGUAGUGAAAAGAAAGUGCUGCUAUCCAUCGUCAAUCCUUGGGACGUGAAGGUAGCCAGUGUUGAUCCGAUCGGACUGGCCGAACGACGGGGCGUCUCCCUGUCUGUCUUACCGUCACCCUCUAAUCAAGACGAGAGUACCAAUCAGGAGUGGUCGACCUUAAACAGGGUCCUCAAGAUACCGUCACCCUGGUACAAACCUGGUACUGGUUCCACCGAUCACGUCAACUCUGUUAAACCCGAGGAAUCGACGUUAAUCGAUCCUAUCUGGUUGGAUCCUUGGUGUUCACCGAGAAGGUCGCCCGCCAACAAGAUUCACAAUUCUUCAUCGCCGAAUUCAUCUAAGGAAAGAUUACGAGGUAGCAGACAGACAACCGGCGAAACAAGGCACGGCGAUGAGGCGGGCGAGGGCGACAAUGAAUUAAUCAAGGCUCCGCAGGAAAUUAGCCGCGGCGGUUUCGAUGAUGUGGAUGGUACAGCGACGGUGCGAGUGCGUUUCGAGAUCGACGGAGCGAAGUCGAAGCGGAAUGGAGUGCGAUGUGAGAACGGACGGGAUGUCGAUGAUGCACCGCGAGUGUUGAAGAAAAAUCAGACUGCGAACGAUAAUUCGAGGCCCGAACGACGCGAACGGCGACCGAUCGCUAAACAAAAUCGUACAAGCGAAGUGAAUGCGGAGAAGAGACAAGAGAACUCUUCGCGGCAAACGGAUCGUGGUGUGAAAGUCGGUAAAGACGAGAAAGAUGCGAAUGACGAACUGGACUAUUCUCGGAUAAGCGGAGAGAACCCAGCGAUUGUCGACAUCGUUCAGCAUUUGGUGGAAUCCAGAUACAAUCCACAAACCGCAGCGGAGAAGAGAAUAAAAAGGAUGCCAUCAUGUCGUCGUCAAGAAACUUCGAAGGAGAUAGAUCUAGUGGAUUCUCCAGGCAAACCGAGCGAUAAUGCCGACAUUGUUGUUAAUGCAGCCAAGAAAGAGAAUAACCAAGAAACUUCCAACGAGACGACGACGGUGAAAGUAUUACCGGAAGUGACACCACUACGCACUACGAAUAUAAGAAAGACAAGCAUAUCCAUGCCUAGCAAACUCAAUGAAAUGGACGAUCUUCGAAUAGACAGACAAAACGGUACCGCUUCGAAAUUUACGAGAGACGAGAGCGAGACCAGCAGCAGCGUGACUUUCAGUAACAGUGGCUCAACCCCGAAUGGAAGUCCUCUGGGAUCCGAAACUGAAGAGGAAGCAAAUGAUGAAGAAUUGGCUAAAGUGCCACUGCAAGCUCCACCUCGAAGGAAAGGCAGAAUCGUAUCAUCCUCGGUCAAUGAAAAAAUGGCAAACGACACUACGGAACUUUCGGGUGUGCAAAGCGCGACUUCCACGAUAACCAGCGUGAACAGCAUUAGCAGUCUUUUAAAGGAGAAAUUGCAGUUAUCAUUACCACAAGCAUUGCGUAGCAGUGCAAGACGUCAGAAUGCUGAUUAUAGGCUUAAAGCAUUUGUUGGUAUCUUGUUCCUCUGCAUCGUUUUCCUUGUGGGUUUCGCUCACAUUUAUUACACUCAGCAUGUCCUGCAACGAGCUUAUUUUGAGAAAUUUAGAUUCAAUAAAAACGAAAGAGUGAUGAGAGUCUACAGCAGUUCCGGAGCGGAGAUCAUUGCUGCUCGGCUUGGUGAGGGUAUUUCACCGAACACAGGGGUGUAUCCUUGUCUUCCUCAUCAUCAACGACAAGACUCGGUCUGCCUUGAGUGGCUACAGCAAACACGGCUUUACCUCGCGCACACGAAACGCGAGGGUAUGUACUGCUAUCACGUCACUUGGCAAAGUUUAAGUCCUUACUACAAUCCCAAGGACUGCUUCGACUGGUCUUCGAAGAGAGGCCAUUGGUAUGGCGCCGGACAAAUACAAAACAUGGUGUAUCCUCUGGAACGCGGUCGCCUAGAGCUGAGCCCGUUUAUCACUGGCGACGUAAGGAAACAUCCGUUUGGCAAUGUGCUGAAAAGAUACUUCCUGAAUUCAAAGGGUGCUACAAUCUUGGUGGAUCCUGAAACACCACUUUAUGUCUCAAUUAACGCUAAUCGUACCAACGACUUUUGUCUUCAGGCGAAACAUGACGCCUUUGCUUAUAUUAAUCAUUUGACGCCGCUACCUCAGCUUAACUAUACUAUCUGCGCGACCGACAAUAUGAAGAGUUUGCACUCCUCGAUGGCGGAGAAGUCUCUGUGGGACGGUUUGAAGCCCGAUGAACUGCACGCCGUUCAUUCUCUGCUGUCCGAACCAGUUUGGCAAAUUUCGCCUAUCAACGAAGCGGCUAUUUACAACUAUACAGAAGAUGUGAUCGCGCUGGGAUUCCUUCGUCAAGGGCAUGUCCUGUUGAGUGAGGAAUGGCAGCCCAAUCCAGGUGAUUUCAUCUUAGACGAGGAACGAUUCCCUUCUAUGGAGGAAACUAUCAAUAUUAUUCAUCGCAGAGGAUUUAGAAUAGUCUUCAGCAUCCAGCCGUUUAUUUCUACAGAAUCCAUCAACUUCAAGGACGCUGUCGCUAAUAGAUUACUGAUUUCCGAGAGAGGAAGCGAUCCUAGGAUUCCAGCGUUGACAAGGUACAAGCAAAGUAACAGUGCCGGCGUGCUCGACAUUACAAACAACAAGACCUUACCGUGGCUGCAGACUAAGCUCGAGAGCCUCAUCAUGAAAUAUCAUGUCGACUCGUUCUACCUCGAUCUGGGCACUGCUCAGGAUAUGCCGCAUUACUACAAAUGCGAGCAGCCUCUCACCAACCCUGACCAUUACAAGACCAUCUUUACCCGUUCGAUACUAGGCACCAUACCCGUAAUCGGCGUUUCAAGCGCCAUUUCCAGACCACGGGCACCUGUCUUCGUGUCUCUGCCUCCUUUCCCGUCAUCCUGGAAAGCCAUCAAGACCGUCAUUCCCACCGUUCUCAGUUACGGCAUGAUCGGCUAUCCGUUCAUCAUGCCAGGAGCGGUAGGCGGCGAUGUGGCACUUCCGAUGUCAGACAACAAUCCAGAUAAUGACUACGAAGUAGAUCUGCCAGAUAAAGAACUCUACAUCCGUUGGCUGCAGCUGUCCACCUUUUUGCCCGUGAUUCGCUUCACUUAUCUACCAAGCAAGUACUCAGAUGAGUCGGUCCUGGAAAUCGCCAAGAGACUGACUACUUUGCGGCAGAAAACGGUUACGCCAUUACUGAAGAAGUACGCGAAUGAAACUCUGGACACUGGUCUGCCUAUUAUCAGGCCACUCUGGAUGCUGGAUCCGGCUGAUCCGGCAUGCCACGUAGUGGUCGAUGAAUUUUCCGUAGGCGAAGAGUUGAUCGUGGCGCCAGUGCUUUAUUCCGGUAGUAGGCAGAGGGAGGUAUAUCUGCCGGCUGGAGUCUGGAGGGACGGUAUCGACGGAAGCCUAAGGAAGGGCUCAAGAUGGAUUCACAAUUACAGAGUAGCUGAGGAUAAGAUCGCAUAUUUCGUCAAAAUGCCAGACAAUACGAGAUUCUGAAAGAUACGAUGUCAUUUCACCUUUUUACAUCAUGCAGGAUAAUGUUGUCAAAGAAUUUUGAGAUCGAUGAUAAGAUUUGUUCAUAUGCAAAAUGAAUCAUCACGACGAAUGAUGUGCAAUCGAUUUGUUAGUAUGACGAAUACUGAUCGCUUAUCUACAAAUUUUUAUCGAUUCGUCUUGAGCCUUUAUUAAAUGUACAAGAUGAACUUGUUCCUCGGUAAGUCCCGAAAGUGCAGAAAAAUAAUCAUGCAUUAACAAAUAUAUAUCAUUGAGUUUAAAACGACAAGAAUUUUGCAAAUGCGAUGAUGUAUUAAAUAAAUGUAUUUAAAAAUUGCGAUUAUAUUAAAUAGAUAUGAAAUCAAUAUUGUGAUCUUUGGCAGAGUGCAACAGGAUUAUUAUGUAGGGAUAAAUACUUAACGGCAUGUAAAGCCAUGAGAGAUUUACACGUACAUUAGAGAUGCAAUAUUGCAUUUGAAAAUGCAAUAUUUAACAAGAAUAUAUCGAAAGAUUUGAUAAUAAAAGUAUCCAAUAUUACUGUAUUCUACGGAUAUGAAAUUAUUGUAUCAACACUAGUAUUACAUUACAAUGCAUAUCAUAGGCCAAAUAUCGAUACACAUUUACAUUAAAAAAACAAGAAUCAAUUGUAGAUUUAACUUAAGCUGUCAAUUAUAUUUAUUUUACCUAACAAUGUGGUUUUACAUCUCUACUUUUCAAUAAUCCAUUAGUAAAACUGAUUUAUAUUAUUUAUAAAAAAAAAAGACAUUUUUUAAUGAUAUAAAAAAAUAAAGAAGUGAAUACAAUUGAUGAGAAUGUAUCUGAAGGCAGUUUUAUAGGGCGCACGGGGCUAUUUAUUUUUCCUCCUUUUUUUCAUUACAAACUUACACGACAUAUAAAACAAAAUACGUGAGCAUGCAGAAGCAGGAUACGAAACUGGCGCGAUUCCCGACUGAUUUAACUUAACGAUGCUGCAGUCACGAAAAUAUGUAUCUCACGUCACGAUCGUUGUAAUUCGAACGUAGAGAUUAUUUUCGCGUGUUUGCAGCAUCGAGUUCUGUACGCAGCGGGAUCACGCCGGUUUUGAUCCUUGUGCAAAAACAUCUCAAACAGGCGGCUGAUCUACGGUCGAUCGACGAGGAGAAAAUCAAGACGCGUGAGGCACACAGGCGACAAAUUCUAAGGUAUAGUGUAUAUUUAUUAUAUUAUCAUUUUUAUCAUAUAGCGUAACAUCGUUAUUUCUAUAAUAAUAAUAAUAAUAAUAAUCAUAGCACCAUGAACACUCCACAGUAAGUUUUUUUUCUUUUUUUUUUUUUUUCUUUUAAUUCGUUAUUCGAAAAGAACGCGACGCGCCGAUGCGCUGCGACGGGUGAGAACCGCGAUCGUGUAAUCGUAUAAUAUAUAAGGAACUCGAACAGCACUAAAAUAUCAGAGAAUAUCCAAGCAACGUUCGGCGGUACAAUCACAGUUUCCUCGGAACGCUCCUUGAACGUUUCUCCGAGAUCUUUAUCGAUCUCGCGAAGUCUCGCAUUACUCUCAUUGCGCAACAACGAGAUUUUCGACUGGAUCUUCCCUUUUAUCUCUUUGCGCCAGGAAACGUGAUUUCUGACUAGAGCUCAUAGAAUAUCUGAGAAAAUUUCACGGUAGAGGAAAGGCGCAUCUUUUGAUUUUUGUCGAUUCGUGCCGUCUGUCCGGCUCGUGGGAUAAGAAGCGAUCGAGGGAAAAAAGCGCGAGCGAAUCGAGAAACGUCGAGAGCGGAAGAUCGCCAUUUUCCUCCAUUACCGGAACGACUGACAAUUUUUCUCUUCUAAUUAAUAAUAUUAUUAUUAAUUGUUCUUUAGAGGAAAUCAUCGAUAUCACCGUUCUCGCACCCGUCGAGCACCGCGAUUUUAGGGGUUCGUAGAGGUGUUGAGACUCACGUUUUUCAUAUCUCUCUCUUUCUUUCUCUCUCUCUCUCUCUCUCUCUCUCUCUCUCUCUCCUCUGCUUUCUCUCUCUCCCUCUUUUUCUCUGUCUUUCUUUCUCACGCUCUCUAUUAUACUUCCUUUCUUAUGUACUUUGUUCAUAUAUUAUAUAGAUAUCUAUAUAUAUAAUAUAUAUAUUCUUCUUCCCUCAUAUUUCCCGCUAAUCUGUUUCGGUGAAAGCUCGUUCCUAAUCAUUUAUUUGUUCUUUUUUUUGGUUAUUUUUAUACUUUUUAUUUAAAUUACUCCAAUAAAUUCAUCGUUUAUUUAAUCUAUCCUGCGCGCAUCAUCAUCGAUCGACAAUAGCUUCUCAUUUAAUAGUUUAUUAAUUUAUUUUGUUUUUGUUAAAUUGAAUUUCAUAAUUUUAACAUCCUACCUAGAUAACUGGUCAUUAUAUUACUUGUCAAUAAAUAAUACGUAAAUACAUAGGUACACAUACUUCAUCGUCAUCAUCUCUCUCCCUCCUUGUCUCUUUCUCUCUCUCUUUCUCUUUCUUUCUUUUACUCUUAUCUUUCUUUCUACUUCUCUCUUAAAUAUUUUUCUCUUGCACAUCAAUUCUCUAUCAUACGUAUGAAGGUAUCGAUAAAUAUAAAAAUUCUCUAUUCAAGUAUAUGAUAGAAAGAGAACGAUGAUGAUGAUGAUAAUGACCCUCUCUCAUGAACGUAAUCGUAAUAUCAAUAAUAUUAAUAGUAAUCGCAAUAAUAAUAAUAGUAGCACAAUAAUAUUAUAUUAUUCGCAAAAAUAACAAGCAUAAUAGUCGUUAAAAAUAAUUGGUAUGGUAAUAAUCGUAUUUAUAACAAUAUCGAUCGUUCUGGUCUAUCUUUUUCGAUGUCCCUUACGCCUAUUCUUUCUCUUUCUUCUAUACGUUUCUUUCUAUUACAAAAUUCUCGCUCGUCUCUUACGCCGAUCGGCGAAGUAAAAUCUUGGUCGCGCAUGUCUCCAUAAAAUGACAUUGUUAGACUCUCGCUUUCUUGACGACUGAUUUUCGAAUGAACGCACCAUUGCAUCCGGUGAAUGCGAUAAAAAAAAUGAUUAUGAAAC